CUGAGAAGGAAAAAACAAGUGAGUGUUGCAGGAUAUUCUCACAGGAUGUGUAGCAGAGACAGAUGCAGCUGUAGUUCAGUAUGAAUGAGUCUCUCAGCAGAUAACAGCAGCACAGGAGCAGCACAACACUGACAGCAUUAUGGGGCCUCGUCUGUGGAUCCUGAUGCUCAUAGUGACUCACAUCACAGCGUUCAGACGUCCACGAGAUCUUCCAACCUGUCAUGUGUUCCACGAAGAGGCCGACUGCAGCAAUCUGGACCUCAGAAGCAUCCCAACGCAACUGCCGGCCACCAUCCAAACGCUCGAUCUGUCUCGUAACCGUCUGCAGAAUCUCACGGACGACGUUCUCCUGGCCUACUCCAGCGUUCGGCAUCUCAACCUUCACUCCAACAAGAUCCAGUUUAUCCAGCCGGGCCUCUUCCAGGCCUUGACCCGUCUGCAGGUGCUAGAUCUCUCCAGGAACUUCCUCGACCUUCACGCUGCUCUGAAAGCCCCCGUUGGGCCGCUCACUUCAGUACAGCGCCUCGAUCUCUCAGGAAAUGGGCUGUUUACUGAUAUGAGCGGCUACUUCCUGAGCAAUGCCCCGGCCCUCACCAACCUCUCAUUAGAUGGGAACAGCAUUACCAAAAUCUGCAGAGACACAUUUAAUGGAACUCCAGCUCUGAGAAACAUCGACUUACAUAAUAACGUUAUCAUAGACAUCGAAGAAGGUGCCUUCGAGUCUUUGAGCCAUCUCUCUGAACUUGAUUUGUCCGUGAACUCCAUUUCUUGCAUCAUGGAUUUCAACCUCUUCCAGCUCAAAACGUUGAACCUGAGCCAAAACAGCAUGACCAACUUCCAGACCAUCGACUCGGAGCUGGAGUUUGAGCUGCUGUACUUGGACUUGAGGGAAAAUAAGAUUAUCUACUUCCCGGUUCUGCCCCGGAGGAACAAGCUCAUAUAUCUGGACCUGUCCAGAAACCUCUUGAGAAGCGUGAACUGCUCGGGUCCGUUAGAAGAGCUGGAGAAUCUGAGGGACAGCGGGUAUCUAUUGAACGAUCUCGACAAACACAUUUCUUGCAUUAGUAAGAGGCAUCAAGAUCUACCGAGGUUACUGUACUUGGACUUGAGUUACAACCAGCUCAAAUCAGUUCCCUCCUCGUUCUUCAGCAGUAUGGAGUCUUUGGAGACCCUCAACAUAAGCAAUAACUGUUUGGAGAGCUUCAGUGUGGACACGGAAAGUCCUCUGAGCGCUCUUAAAACCCUGGACAUCAGCUUCAACAACCUGCACAACCUGUCGUUCGGGGAGAGGACACUGGCUGCAUUGGAGGUGCUGCGCCUGCAGGGGAAUGCUCUUAGCACGUUAGACGGCAGUAUCUUCUCAAGGCUGCCCAGCAUCCGCAGUCUCCAUCUUCAGCAGAACCAACUGAGCAUCUGUCCUUCUCAAUUGGGUCCAGCGAAAGCCUGCAUCUCCCUGUCUCGCAUCUCCACCUUGAGUUACCUGUACCUCUCCGACAACACCCUCUUUUCCGUUCCACAAAGUGCGUUCCAGGGGAGUCCGCUGCUCAUCCUGGACCUGUCUCUGAACCCUGGCGUAGAGGUCAGUCCUCAGUUUCUCUCAGGUUUGGAGACCACCCUGUCCCAUCUGUCUCUGAGGGGAAACCAGCUCCAAACGCUACCAGUCGACUUCACCCACUUCCGAAACCUAAAGUGGUUAGAUCUGUCAGUGAACCGGCUCUCAGGGUUGUCUCUGUGGAGCGGAGACUCUUCCGUUGAGUCGCUGAACUUGCAGAAUAACAGUCUGGUGACGCUCGCGCCCGACAUGCUGCAGAAUGCGCUCAGGACUUUGUAUGUGGGAUCGAACCCGCUGAGCUGCUGUAGAAACCAGCACCUGCUCACCCUCCUACAGCAGGACAGACUGAUGGUGCCCGACAUCGCCACCACGACCUGCUGGUACACCAAUGCCUCGGAAAACAUGGAGAUCAGCGUGAGCGCCGUGCAGCCGGAGCUCUGCAAAUCUGCGGAUGCUAAAGUGUUACUGAUUUGCGUGAUUGUUGUGUUAGUGUUAGGACUGAUGCUGGUGUUGACUGUCGUCAUGAAGCUCCUGUGUCACUCCAGAAGACAACGAUUCAACAGAGGCAUCAAAGCUUAAAGCAAAACUGAAGGAUAAAAGAGGAGAACGACACCGAAGCGCUCUCACCAGACUGUGGUGCCGCAUGCAUGACUGCGACCGCAUCAGCGGGUUUCGGUGUGGAACGUGUGGGUCUCUGGAACAAAAUGUGAAAUGCAGAACAUUGAAUGUGUGGAGCAGAUCUUUGGACACAUUUAUGUCUGAUCAUCAACAUUUGCAUUCACAUCAAAUAUGACAAUUUAUUUGGUAUUUAUAACACAAUGUAUGGUUCAUUGAUGUAUUUAUGACACGCAAAUGCAUGCAGAGUUUACUGAUGGAGCUUCAAGCCAAAAAGAAUCACACACGCACACGCACGCACGCACACACGAAUACGGCACGUCAAUAUGGGACGUUUGAGCAUUUCAAGCACUUAAAUGUGGCGCCGUCCAUUGGGGGGGUCCCCUAUUUUGCCACUUGAAAUGGGACAGGUCCCCAUGAGCCCUUAAAUAAAGGCCAAGAGACGUCUCCGCUAAUACAGGAUAGUUCGCAACGCUAGUCCCGUGUGAACGGCCCCUGAACAGCAAUACAGAAUGAGCUCAAAUAAAUAGGAGAAAAUGUGAAAUGUCUUUUGUUGAUGAAACUGCGGUUUGUAAACAUCUCGUAGGAUAUUCUCAGAAAUAACACUACACUUUCUGGAUGUUUAUGCACUUUAAUGGUUUUGAUUUGUGGAUAUGGAAACAAAAUGUAACUGCAAUAUUUUAGGCUAAAUGCUGAACAUGGUGCAAACACUAGAGAGCAGAUCUAACAGUGUUCAGAGCGGUCGAGGUUACUUUCACUGGAGAGAGAGAGAGAGAGAGAGAGAGACAUGUGAUUGUCGGAGUGUUUUAAUCGAUGUGUUUAUAUGUGUAGCAUGUUGUAUGUUGUGCAUGAGUAGAAGGCAUCUGAUUGGACAUGAGGAAGUGUUAUUGCAGGAUCACUGUCCGCACAGUGUCAGUUUAUGCAGCCUAAAUCGUUUCUUCAUCAUAACCAGUUACUUUAAAUGAUGUUAAACUCAGAGACUGGCAUCAGGUUGAGCUCUACUUUGGGCACAAACACACCCACCGUCGGUGCUGUUUGAUCAUUCGGCUCUUUUUUUAGAUCUUUCCAGUGCAGUCAGAAAUACAUUUGACCCUGGAAUCUAUAUCAGGUGUUGUGCAUCCACCGCAGAUAAAGAUAGGCAGGAAAUCCCUGUUGAAAGAAGCGUACAUCAUCACUGCAGAUAUUAAUAGCAGUUUGUUUCAUACGCUGUUGACAGUAAUGAGAAAUACUUCCUCCUGUCAGUCUGCGUCAUGACCCCUUCUGCUUUUUAGCUACACAUAGUGAACACACACAUACAUGCACGCACACACAUGCACGCAAACACACACACACAUGCACGCACACACAUGCACGCACACACAUGCACGCACACACAUGCAUGCACACACAUGCACGCACACACACACACAUGCACGCACACACAUGCACGCAUGCACACACACAAACAUACACACACGCACACAAACAUGCACACACACACAUGCACACACACAGAUAAACACACAUCCACAUACACACACACACAUAAACACACAUACACAAACAGACACACACACACUCACAUACACAAACAGACACACACACAUUCACAUACACAUACACAUACACACACGCGAUGUCAAACGCACAUACUCACAUACACAAACACACAUAUGCACAUUCACAUACACACACACACACACGCAUGUGCACACACACAUGCACAUACACACACAUUCACAUACACACAUGCACAUAAACACACAUUCACAUACACACACAUGCACAUAAACACACACUCACAUACACACAUGCACACACACAAACAAACACACACUCUCACAUGCUCACACACACACGCUCACACACACAUUCACAUACACACACGGAUGUCAAAUGCACACACUCACAUACAAACACACACUCUCACAUGCUCACACACACACACACACGCAUGUGCACACACACAUGCACAUACACACACAUUCACAUACACACACAUGCACAUAAACACACAUUCACACACACACACACACAUACACACACACACACACACGCAUGUGCACACACACAUGCACAUACACACACAUUCACAUACACACACAUGCACAUAAACACACAUUCACACACACACACACACAUACACACACACACACACACGCAUGUGCACACACACAUGCACAUACACACACAUUCACAUACACACACAUGCACAUAAACACACAUUCACAUACAGACACACACAUACACACUCACACACACACACACACACUCUCACAUGCUCACACACACUCUCACACACACACAUAGCAUGCACACACACACACUCACACACACACACACACACUCUCACACACACACACACACACACACACUCACACACACACACACACACUCUCACAUGCUCACACACACUCUCACACACACACAUAGCAUGCACACACACACACACACACACACACACACACACACUCACACACACACAUAGCAAGCACACACACACACACACACACACACACACACUCACACACUCUCACACACACACACACACACUCACACACACACACACACACUC